AGGUAGCAGCUUAUAGUCCGAAAAAAAACCGGUCGGUUAAAAGAAAUAUUCUACUGAGUAGGUAAUUAAAAAAAACAAAAAACAAUUGCACAAUAUGUGCAUAUACUGUAUAUAUUUGUGCAUAAAAACACGAGACCUUUAAGAAGAAAUGAAAAAAAAAGGGUGACGCGCUUUGGGGUCCUCUGGACUUGAUAAAAAGCAAUGCAAGUGUUUCAUUUACCAUUGACAGUGUCGUAGUUUAGAUGAGCACGCACAUAUAGGUAACUAUUUUUGUGGGUCAUGUUAUUGAUCAUGUAUACCUCUCCCUUUUGGCUUUCCUUUAAAGGAAAACCAAAUUUUGUCCCUUUUUCUUUCUUAGCAGAAUUUUUAUUCUACUAAGAAUUAAGAAAUAUAUCUUAAUUCUUCAUUCUUAGCAGCAUUGAGAUAUAAUUCUGGAGGAAUUAUUUUGUCUUUUUUCUUUUCAGCAUAUUCAAUAAAAUUAUGCUGAAUUAUUUAAUUUGAAUACAUCUGUAAGUUUUGAACCCCUCACCUGAAUGCAUUCUGUCACUUUUAACUGUUCACUCUGCUAAUAUGUAACAGGAUAAGAAAUUUUUAAACCAAAAGAAGAAGCAACAGCCUCUCAGUCCUUUGACAGCGGCCACAAUUAGAAACAGUAGUUUUUUAGGCUAUUUCUCAUUCAAAGUAUGACACUCAAUUACUCUGACAGUUAUAACAGGAAAAUAUAUUAAUAAGAGCAACUUCAAUAAAACAGUUUCUGUGUUUAGUCUAUCUUUUUAUCUAUGGGUUAAGCCUUCCACUAAGCCCAACCCCUCAAAGUGGGGAUGGACUAGGAAUCCAUUCUGUUACGUUCACUGUUCUAUAUAAGGAGCUUAUUUUCUAUGACAGAAGAAUCUCUCAUUUAUUCAAGAGAGACUUCAACAACAGACCAGACUAUUUUCUGCAUAAACCUUCCAGGUUUUUAACCUUUGGAAAAAUGAAGAUCCUGAUCUUGAUAGUUGUGACCUUAUACCUGGUCAGUGGAACAGCUAAGAGUGAACUACAAUAUGGUGACAUCAUUUCCAGGAGUCGUAACAUCCUCGGAUUUACCUUCAAGCACUAUGGUAUUUAUCUGGAUAAAAAGAGAUUUGCAGACCAAAAAGCAAAUGACAACAUAUUUCAUUUUACAGGUUUCCGUAGAAAGGCAAUCUUGGGUGGCUGCAUCUUUGAUAAAGUUAAUAUCAAACGUUAUGCGAAGGAUAAUUACCUGGACAAAAUAGAAAGUUACAGAAACAAAGUAUCUACAGCAGAAAUAACAAAGCGAAUUGAAGAGCAGUAUAAAAAAUGCGGGAAACAUCCAAAAAAGAGUAUUUGGGAAGCCUUCUCCAACAACUGUGAACAUCUGGCUAAUUAUAUACGUUACGGAGAGAAAAUUUCAUUGCAGAUUGGCCAGAAAGCAGCAGUUUUGGUAUACAACCCCAAGAAAACCAGGGCGGAAAUAAAUCAAAUAAAGAAACAAUUGAAAGUAUCGGAGGUUCCAUGUGAUGCCGCUUGCAAAAAACAAGGAACUGAAAUUAUGAAGCAGGAUAGAGAUGAGGAGAACAGCCCCAAGAAAAAUGAGGGCUAAAAAGCCUAAUUUCAACAAUUUUCUGUUGUUCUUCAUGAAGACAUGAGAUAAAAAUUUAAUUUAUUCAGAACUUUGAGUCUUCGACUGCGUUUUGUUUUUUGAAGCACCUACUUUCACAAGAACAAUGAGCGAGAACUUCAGAUCUAUUUUUAUCAUCCUUGCAGCUAUUUAUCAGAAAUGGGGAUGGAAUUUAUGGACAAUAUUUAGGGUUUAUUCUCCAGUUUACCACCUGCAUGGUUGAACACUGGGUUCUUGUUUUGAAUUUAUAUUAGUUCUGUUUAAUUAAAACAGAAUUAUUUUAAUUAAACUUAUUCUUGUGUAUUAAUAAGACUUAUUCCAGUUAAGUCAACAGUAUAUGAGUGCAGAAACCCAGACAAUAGUGUUGUUGCUAUAUUGAAAUAGUGGAAAAUCAGCACCAUUAGACGUAGUUCAGGUUUUGUUCUCUCUUUAUUUAUUUAGUGAAGUUAAUCACAAUGGGAAGAUUAUCCAGAUAUUUUUCUCAAGAAAGAGCUGUGGCAUUUCACAAUAUUAUUAUUGAAGUAUGUAAAAAGUAUGUAAAUAUAAUGAUUCCUUAUGAGAGUGGCUUUCAUAGAGGAAGUGGAGCAAUUGAUCCUGAUGAAGAUCAAUUGAAGAUGAUAUUAGGAAAACUCAGAUUAAUAAGGAAGCAUACGAUAUGUUAUGGAGAAGAAGAACUGGUCAUAAUUUUAUGAAUGGCACUCUUUUUAAAAUAGAAAAACAUCUUACUGGUUUAUGUAAUUGAUGUAAUACAAUUAUUGAACAUGUUUUUGUUAGUUGUAGGAAAUAUGUGAAUCAAAGAAGAUUAUGAAUAUGGAAAUGGCUUUUAAUAAGGAACUGAAAUUUGAAAACGUGGUUGCUCAAUUAAAUCGUAAUGAAAGAAAAAUUUCGUUUUUUGAAAAAUACUUAGGAGAAUUUGAGGAAAGGUGAUAAGUAAUAAAAUCCAAGAGAUGGCAGUAGUGCAACGUUAUAUGAAAGCUGCCGUUGAAAUCUAAAGAAGAAGAAGAAGAAUAUGCGUCACACAUUUUCGCCCAUCUUGCGCAUGCGUCAUCAUCUCGAGCGGCAGAACAUCAUGGCUUCCUCCAGUACCGUUUUCGAGGUUGCAAGUCAAAUGUUUGGUUUAAUUUUAUACUAAAAGGCAACAAUGUCGGACCCUGUUCAGUCGGAAGCCCUUCAGGACCGCCUGGACCGUCUACAGGAGCUGACAGAAUUUACUGAGACGUGUCAGAAACAGUUAAAUGAACUAUUUGAAACGCUGGGAUGGUCGCAGGAGAACGACGACUAUUUCAAUCAGGAUCCAAUGGAGCAAUGUCCUUAUGACUCCAACCACAUAGUCCCAGUCAGAAACUUAGAAAAACACAAAGCUUCCUGCAUGCUCCGGAGAAUGGGUUACUCUGCUGAGGAACAGGAAGAGAUGUGUGAUCCCUCUGUUUGUUAUGAAAACAGAAACAUCAAAACCUUUUUAAUGGACAAAUCAACCCAGCACCAGGUUAUCCUUCAGGCUAGAUCUGCAGCUCCACUGAUGAAGAUGGAAGGCGUCUUCUGGCAAGGUCAGUACUCUGGCCAGCCCGUCGAUGUGCCACAGAACCACAAGCGGGCGGUGUGUGACCUCACUGUUGCUGACCGAUUGGCUCUUUACGAUCAUGUGGUCGGCGUCCUCGGCCAGCAGAGUGAGACUGCGUCUUCCAACGAUGAUCUCUACGUAGAUUUGGUUUCAAAACUUAAAAAAGAUGAACAGCAGAAUGAGCCAAAGAGUCACCUGGAGCUGAUGGCAGAGAUGAGGGACUACAAGAGGCGACGUCAGUCCUACAGAGCCAAGAACGUCCACAUCACUAAGAAAUCCUACACUGAGGUAAUCAGAGAGGUGAUCAGUGUCCAUUCAGAGGAACUCGCCAGACAGUGGAAGGAGGAGGAGGAUGAGAAGCACUCAUCUAGAUCUGUUCAAUCUCCUCAAGGUCGCUGGCUGGAUAGAAGACGGUCGAAAUCCUCAGAGUCACAUCAUUCGCACGGUAAGCGCCGUCGCAGCAGAGAACGAAGUCGAGAACGAAGCCAAGACAAAGAGAGGAAGAAGAAGAAGAAAAGGAAGGAGAGGGAUUCCCGAUCCCCUGAUGGCCACCACCAUGACAGGAAGAAGAAGAAGAAAAAGAAAGAUGACAGGGAGAAGGACAAGUGAGAACGCUGGCUCUUUAGCAUUAAAACUUCUUACAGCUGAAACCUGCGGCUGUCAUCAGUUUAUAACUCUGAUUUUUGCAAAAAAAAAGUGAAUAAAGAUUUAUGCAAACAACCUUUCAUUCUGUUUUCUCAUGUUUUCAUGUCAGUUUUUUAGAUUUAUUAAUAUGUUCUCUGCAGUCUUCCAUAAAUCCCUUUUCCAGUCAUUCAACAAAUAUUUUUUUUCUAUUUGUAUGAAACAAGAAAUAUAAAAUCGCAAAUCAUAUUGCUAUACAACAUUUACCUUUAUUUUUGCAUGUUUUCCUACUAUCAACCUGGGAUGUUUCU